AUGAUCAGCACUAACAACGGUAUUCUCGCACUCUACUGCAAGGCUUCCUACAAUACACUUCAUGGAUACGGAGUACAUAAGAGUCUACUCUGCCCUCACUCUCAUUUGACUCGCUUUGUUCUCCAGAAUGUGGUUCACACGCAAUGGCGUACUCGUACCCCCGCCUGGACCAAGUGGGCCGGUCCUACGUUGCGCAUCUCUCGGAAGAAUGUCUCCCGUCGCCACACGCCCCUCCUGCACAUUAAGGAGUCGAGUCUGGAAUCUGGAAUGUCUGGCUAG